CAACUGCACAGGUAGGUGUGUAUAUAAACCACCCUCAACCACAGUACUUCCCCCAUCUUCACCUCUCUCGUUACAUACAUACUUGACACACCACCUUCAUCGUUGCCUGCUUGCCGUUAGUGCAGCAACAUCCGCACGGUCGCUCGUUCCCCCGCAUCUCAUACUUCCUAUCUCCUCUUUCCAACCACCUCCCCAACAGCCCUCAAGAUGUCCGGCCCCCCUCCUCCUCUCGGUGAAUCCUGGUUCCCCAAUGUCGGCGGCAACAUCGGCCUGAACCGCGAGCCGGUCCCCCCUUCUUUCCACCCUCCACAUCCACCCCCUGGCCCACCUGCUGGUCCUCCUCCCGCCGAAGCCCAGGCUCAAGAAACCCCCGAACACAUCUCCCCACCCACAAUGACACACCACCUCCCCGGCCUCCCCACCGCACACACCCUCGGCCCCUUCCCCCCGCCUAUUCUCGGCAUGGGCAUGGGCAUGGGCAUGCCUCUCCCCUUCGGACCCGUGAUGGGCAUGGGCUUCGGUGGCGUGCAAUCCGCAGGCCCUCUCGCACCACCGCGGAUGCCCUGGAACACUCCCGGACUCCUGGGCAACCCGUCCACGCAGCACGGCGCGUGUGUCCCUGGUAUGCCGUGGCUAGGCUUCGAGCGGUGCGUGGAUGGCCCGCCGGUGCCGGAGGGUGUUGCGGGUGUCGUGCCGCCGUUUGCGCCCGGACAGCCGCUGUGGAGCGGGGCAGGGAUUCCGGGACUAGGUGCGAUGGGCAUGGGAAUGGGAAGUAUGGGACUCGGUAUGGGAGGAUUCGGCAUGGGCAUGGGCGUGGGCUUCUGGCCCGGCAUGCACCGCCCCGCGCCCGGCAUCAUGACCGAAGCCCUCGCGCCCCCGCAACCUCCGCAGGCCGACAUCACCUCGCUCCCCGGCGGCGUGCCCCCGGGCAUGACGCACGUCGAGUCGACCGAGCACACCAUCGUGCACCUGCUCAAGGGCCCCGUGUUCCCCUGGCUCAACCACGGGAUGCCCAUGGAGGUCGAGGUGCUGUAUGUGAGCUGCAGCACGAAUAUCAAUCGGCUGAUCGAGGUGUGCAAUGAGAAUCAAGAUUGUGAGGGGUUCGGGAUUAGCGAGGUGCAUGAGAUGGUGAAUGGGUUGUGGGAGAAGGGGCAGACUUUUGUGUAUGGGGAGCCGAUGAGUUUGGUGCUAACGUUGGGGGAUGCGGGGUGGAAUAAGGAGAGGAAUAGGCCGGGGGGCCGGAGUUUGCAUAUUUAUUUUCAUAAGGUGUAGGAGGGGUGGGGAAGAGAGAAGGGGUGAGAUGGCUAGACAGGUGGCGUGGUGCUGGUACGCUGGCUUUUAUUUGAGUUGGUAGACGAGACGAUCUCGGCUGAUCGUGGUGGCGCCUGAGGUAGCGUGUGUGCGUUUAUGUCGCUUUGGUAGGUAUGUGGAGGAUUUGAGCAGGCAUGUUAGUUGGGACGUACUUCGACCUUUUUCUUAAGUUCACGACAUCGAACACAAAUUCUCAG